UGACUUUUUCUUUGGCUCCGGAGAUUGUUUUUUUGGGGCAAUGGCGUUGUCGCUACAAAGCUCUGGGAUGUUGACGAAAGAGCAAAUGGUUUAUCUAUUUGAUAGAUUCGAUUACUUGACUUCACAGUCUGAUGUGAAGAAACGAAUCUCCGACGCUGUGGAGGAUAAACAGGAAGCUGUAGCGGUAACAACCACGAUUCAAGAGGAGAUAUUCUUGGAGAUGGGAAUUGACCCGGGAUUUGGAAUUGGCUGCUUGGGAAAGCUGAACUCUGCAUAUGAAAACGAUAAAGAGUUGAUGAUUGGUUUCUACAAGUUUCUCGCAAAGGAGGAGAUGGCAUGUGAAGAAGCUGAGCUUGGACCAGAUGGAUUUGAACAGAAAAUGAAAGCACAACAACAAUUACAAGAACAGCAACUAGAGAUGCUUAAGUAUAUGCGUAAAUUCUCUCUGGAUGAUCAAUCUGCUAUCCUUCAAAAGCUUCAGAAGCAAUUAGAAAAUGCGGGUUUUGAGCCGGAGGCGUCGCUUUUGUCAGGAGAGGAAAUGGAGGAAGCUGGAAGAAGAAGAGUUUCACCUGUUUUUGGAAGCAGAUAGCUUCUCGAUUCUCACAAGCUACUUCAAUUUCUAUACUCAAGUCUCUCUCUCUCUCUUUUGUCAUCUCCAUAUACUAAACUCUUUAAAAGUAAAUGUAAACAAAAAAAACUUCCCUCAUUUGACUUUCAACUGCAUUUUCAAGUGAAGCCAUUUUUUGAUGUA